CCGCGCGGGGCUCGGCGGGGAGCACAGCGCAGCGGGGCCGAGCGGGGCCAUGCGGGCAGCGGGCAGCGGUUCCCAUCUUGAGAACGAUUAGAAGAUACUCUGCCACCCUAUUGGAUUAUUUUGUAUACAGCUCAGCAUGUCACUGUGCCCUGGAUUUUAUAAGGUGGCCAUGAUUUAAUCCCCACUUCCAAUUUCUAUGUAUUGGUGAAGCAUUGGAGCUCUUUAGAGCUGCUGUUACUUGUGUGGAAACUGACCUGUCUCCAAUCCCUUCUCCAAAGGACUCGACGUUACUAGCAAUGAGCUCCCAAAGCCAUCCAGGGGGUGGAGAGGCGAGGACAGUUGUCUGCGUUUCGCCCCGGGGACUGGUGUCAAGUGAGAAGGCAAAUUUAGCUCCGGUCUGUGCGUGUUUGUGAGUGCUGAACGUGAGCUCUCGCCGCGCCGCCAGCCCUGCUUAUCGCGCACCUUUGACCACCUCACCCCCUGAUCUCUGCCCGCUCACGGCUCCUGCUGCUCCCUGCCCGAAGAACGCCGCGUCUCCAGCAGUGCUUCGUCUCCUCCCUGAUGCUGUGAAUUUUUCACUGUCUGAAGAAGUGAAACGCUUCUGUCGACGGUCGGGGAUUGCUUCCGUGCAAGGCUAUUUCAGGCAGCCCGGUUCGCAGCCCUGCGGAGCGAUAUGAUACAGUCCUACAGCACUGCACAGACAGAGGUCGGUGGCUUCGGACACACUGCGUUUGCUUCCCGGGCACAAUAUAGCUUCAUCUUCUAUGCAGAGAUGCAGAAAGAUGGGCUUUCUGGCAGAGACCAGCCAGUAGAGCUGUUGAAUCCACCUAGAGUGAACCACAUGCCUAGCUCUGUUGAUGUGACCACAGCACUGCCCUUGCAAGUUGCACCGACCUCAGUCCCGAUGGACCUGCGCUUGGACCACCAGUUCUCCAUGCCCGUGACGGAGCCGACCCUCCGAGAGCAGCAGCUCCAGCAGGAGCUCCUGGCGCUCAAGCAGAAGCAGCAGAUCCAGCGGCAGAUCCUCAUUGCCGAAUUCCAGCGGCAGCACGAGCAGCUCUCCCGGCAGCACGAGGCCCAGCUGCACGAGCACAUCAAACAGCAGCAGGAGAUGCUGGCAAUGAAGCAUCAGCAGGAGCUGCUGGAGCACCAGAGGAAGUUGGAGCAGCACCGACAGGAGCAGGAGCUGGAGAAGCAGCACCGAGAGCAAAAACUUCAACAGCUGAAAAACAAAGAGAAAGGAAAAGAGAGUGCAGUGGCAAGCACAGAAGUCAAGAUGAAACUACAAGAAUUUGUGUUAAAUAAGAAGAAGGCUUUGGCACACCGGAAUCUCAACCACUGCAUAUCCAGUGACCCUCGCUUCUGGAAGACACAGCACAGCUCUCUGGACCAGAGCUCCCCACCCCAAAGCGGCGUAUCUGGCACCUACAAUCACCCUGUCCUGGGCAUGUACGAUUCCAAAGAUGACUUCCCACUCAGAAAAACAGCAUCUGAACCCAACCUAAAAUUACGAUCCAGACUAAAGCAAAAAGUUGCUGAGAGACGGAGCAGCCCCCUCUUGCGCAGAAAAGAUGGCCCGGUGGUUACUGCUCUGAAGAAGCGCCCGCUGGACGUCACAGACUCUGCAUGCAACAGUGCUCCUGGAUCUGGUCCCAGCUCUCCAAACAACAGCUCCAAUAACAUAAGCGCCGAGAAUGGAAUUACGGGAUCAGUCACGAGUAUUCAAGCAGAGACCAGCCUGGCUCACAGACUUGUGAAUCGUGAAGGCUCGGUAACACAGCUUCCGCUCUACACAUCUCCUUCUUUGCCCAACAUCACGCUCGGACUGCCUGCAACUGGCCCUUCCAGCGGAGGAUCAGCACAGCAGGAUGCUGAGAGACUUACUAUCCCGACCUUACAGCAGCGGAUCUCGUUAUUUCCUGGCACCCACCUCACUCCCUACCUGAGCACUACAACGUUGGAAAGAGAUGGGGGAACCGCACAUAACCCUCUUCUGCAACACAUGGUCUUACUGGAACAGCCAACUGCACAAACUCCCUUAGUCACAGACUGGUAUCUUUCAGGACUGCCCCUCCAUGCACAGUCUCUGGUUAGUGGAGAACGGGUCUCCCCUUCAAUACACAAACUCCGGCAGCAUCGCCCGCUGGGGCGCACGCAGUCUGCUCCCCUUCCCCAGAACGCCCAGGCCCUCCAGCAGUUAGUGAUCCAGCAGCAGCACCAGCAGUUCUUGGAGAAACACAAACAGCAGUUCCAGCAGCAGCAACUGCACAUCAACAAGAUAAUAUCAAAGCCCAAUGAGCCAGCUCGCCAGCAUGAAAGCCACCCGGAGGAGACAGAAGAAGAGUUACGAGAACACCAAGCCCUUUUGGAGGAGCCAUACAGCGACAGAGUCGCAAGCCAAAAGGAGGCCCCAGGGCUGGCCAACAUGGUGCAAGUGAAGCAAGAACCCAUUGAGAGCGAUGAGGAGGAAGCCGAGCCACAGCAGGAGCUGGAGUCUGGGCAGAGGCAGGCUGAGCAGGAGCUGCUUUUCCGUCAGCAAGCCCUCCUGUUGGAGCAGCAGCGCAUUCACCAGCUGAGAAACUACCAGGCGUCGCUGGAGGCAGCUGGCAUGCCCGUCUCCUUCGGAGGCCACCGGCCUCUGUCCCGCGCACAGUCCUCGCCUGCCUCGGCCACCUUCCCUAUGUCCGUACAGGAGCCACCCACUAAGCCAAGGUUCACAACAGGCCUUGUCUACGACACCUUGAUGCUGAAACAUCAGUGUACCUGUGGAAACACAAACAGCCACCCCGAGCACGCGGGGAGGAUCCAGAGCAUCUGGUCCCGGCUGCAGGAGACGGGUCUCCGUGGCAAGUGUGAGUGUAUUCGUGGAAGAAAAGCAACUCUAGAAGAGCUGCAGACAGUUCACUCGGAAGCCCAUACGCUGCUGUACGGCACAAACCCUCUGAACAGACAGAAACUGGACAGCAAGAAACUUCUAGGUUCUCUAACGUCGAUGUUUGUCAGGCUUCCUUGUGGUGGUGUUGGGGUCGACAGCGACACGAUUUGGAACGAAGUCCACUCGUCCGGUGCCGCUCGCCUGGCCGUGGGCUGUGUCAUCGAGCUUGUUUUCAAAGUAGCCACGGGAGAACUGAAGAACGGAUUUGCUGUUGUUCGGCCUCCAGGUCAUCAUGCAGAAGAAAGCACACCCAUGGGUUUCUGCUAUUUUAACUCCGUGGCAAUUGCAGCCAAGCUGCUCCAGCAAAGACUGAACGUUAGCAAAAUCCUAAUAGUGGACUGGGAUGUACACCACGGGAACGGUACUCAGCAAGCUUUCUACAAUGACCCUAAUGUUCUUUAUAUUUCACUACAUCGCUAUGAUGAUGGGAACUUCUUUCCCGGCAGUGGUGCUCCCGACGAGGUUGGCACAGGAGCAGGAGUUGGUUUCAAUGUUAACAUGGCCUUUACUGGUGGCCUUGAUCCACCGAUGGGAGACACAGAAUACUUGACUGCUUUCAGAACGGUAGUAAUGCCCAUUGCCAACGAAUUUGCCCCAGAUGUUGUGCUGGUGUCGUCUGGUUUUGAUGCGGUGGAAGGCCAUCCUACACCUCUGGGAGGAUAUAACCUGUCGGCAAAAUGCUUUGGGUACCUGACGAAGCAGCUGAUGGGCCUGGCCGGAGGCCGCGUCGUGCUGGCCCUCGAAGGAGGCCACGACCUGACCGCCAUUUGCGACGCCUCAGAAGCAUGUGUUUCUGCUUUGCUGGGAAACGAGCUUGACCCUCUUCCAGAAAAGGUUUUCCAGCAGAGAGCAAAUGCUAAUGCAGUGCAUUCAAUGGAGAAAGUAAUCGAGAUACACAGCAAGUAUUGGCAUUCACUCCAGCGUUACGCCUCCACGGUGGGCUACUCCCUGGUGGAGGCACAGAAGUGCGAGAACGAGGAGGCAGAGACGGUGACGGCCAUGGCAUCUCUGUCAGUAGGCGUGAAGCCAGCUGAGAAGCGACCUGAUGAUGAACCCAUGGAAGAGGAACCUCCCCUGUAGCAUUCAUCUUUGAGCUGGAGUUCUCCUGUUUGUUCGUCUUCGUCUUGAAGCUCUGCCAAGAAGCUUUCUCUUGUUACUCCUGCGUCCUGUCAUGGUUUUUUCCAGAAUACAGAAGGACAACCAGGUGUAAAACAAAGCAACCGAAAAAUCUCUCCAUAUCUAUACGCGUCUACAGUAUAUAUUUGCUGAAAAUGAAAAAUGCUGGUGAAGAGCAGCAAAGGACUGACACGCUGGGCACUCUUCCUCUGGUCCUCACCGGGAGCGGAAAGGGGAACGACGCCCGUGAAGUCUUUGGCAGAGUUGCCAAAAAGUGAAAAAAUCAAAGAUUCAACAACACAUACGAAAAUAAAACGAAAAGACCUUAAUGUAAAACUGGUGCUUACAAUUUGAUUACCCACAAUUCAGCAAUCUCCGCUUGAACCACUCAACCCAUCUUGUAGUUUCAUUUCUUGGAUUUUUUAAAUGGCUCUUGCCUGCCUGUGAGUCAACGACAUUCUUGUCAAAACCAGAACAAUGUGAGAUGGUGUAUUUUUAAUGGGGAGGGACAGGGAAAGAGGACUAGUCUUACAUCUAAAGGAAAGGGAAAGAGAGGGGGGAAACACAAAAGAGGAAACGGUAGCCCAGAUGGAGUCGGCUUUAUUGUCUCCAAAGCCAUCUGAAGAUGAGUUUGUGCCUUUUUUUUUAAUUGAUGGAUUUGGUGCAGCUGGAUUUUUGAAGUUUGAGGAACAAUGCCUUAAGUAAAAAAAAAACAAAAAAACACACACAAAAAAAAAUAUAAAAAAAACACAGCAGUUCGUGAAUAUUUUUCCUCUGGUUGGGAAAGCCAAGAACUGCCAUCAGGAAGGAAGACUUUUUGGCUUGUGCUGGCAUGAUGGUGGGAAGCAGGCAUCAGCUGAACAGAGCGUCUCCAAAAACUGUCUACAAGUUUGGAUUUGUUUUGUUUUCUUUCAUUGCUGUUUCAGAAAAAAAAAAAAAAAUUAAGGUAGUUGCCAAGAAAGUGGCAAAUACUGUUGGGUCUUUGAAAUUCAACCAUUUUUAAAAUCAAAUUUUCAAAUGUUUUCUCUCUUCUACAUUAUCUAGUAAUUGAACUUAUCAAUUUGGUUGUUGAAGCAUGUAUUAGACACAAAUGCAGGUUUAAGACUGGAAUGCUUUUUAUUAAAAGCAACUAGCAUGAGAUAUUGCUUAAAUUGUUAGGUAUAAAUAUAUAUAUGUGUAUAAUGUAUAUUCCAAAUGUAUUCCAAGCUUAGAAACCGGAUUCCUAUGAAUUAUUGAUAAAAUAUUUAUAAUGCAUUUAUAGAAAAAUAUAUGUAAUAAAUGCAUACUAUAACAGUAGCCAUUGAAAGCUCCCUAGGGACAGAUUUGUGAAUUGGAACGUAAAGGUGCUUUUGGAAAAGGAUCCAGGUUGAAACUUGAGGACUUUCAGACGACAGGUUGGAAAGUUUUCAGAUCGCCAACACGUUAGCCACUGGGCAACUACCCUAAACAUUUGUAUUUUAAUUUAAGGUUUUUAGUUGUGAUCCUUUUCUAACAAAAAUGAGUUUUUUAUAGCAAAGACUAUGAAUUUGCUGUUAAUUUUUAUAUCGAUAUUUCACAAAACCCUAAAGAAGCCUUGUUUGUGUGAAUCUGACAUUUAUUUUCUAUUUGGCAGGUUUUGUUUCUGAAUGGCAAUAGCGUCUAAACCUUUUUCCUCCCAUUUUUCUUGCUUGUACAUUAUUUUCCUUUUUCUUUUUUCCUUCCCCCUCUCCCCCCUCAUCCCUUUCAGUCUUUUGUACAGUGAGCAGCUUUCUGCAGGCGUAAGGAAUUGUUGCAGAUUGUCAGAGUUUAUUUUUGGAAAGCGUGCGUUUACCGAGGAGGAGGGAAUGCAAUGGGCUCUUUUGUAUAAUGAUACCACCGACUGUAUAUUUCCUCAGUUCUGUUAUAGUAGCUAUGUAAAGAAAAUAAGGAGUUUUCUUACCUUAAACAUAGUAGUAUUACAAUGGGUGAUGUAUUUAUCCUCCAUGUGGAUUGUAGUGAGGAUUACACGCGGCUUUAGUAGCUACCAUAUGGAAGGCUUGUCAGACACUCGUGUGACAACUGGCAUUUUCUCUCUCACGCACACGGACACACGGACACGCAGACACACAGACACGCACGCACGUGCACACACACACACACACACACACACACCACGUACUUUCUCUCUCCUCCUCUUUCCGAAUCACCGUUGCCGGUAAAGUCGCAACUUUAGCUGCCUGAAGGACUUUUUCCUAAGUUAUUUCUCCGAGGAGGUCAUUGCGGUGCGCGAGCUGAACCUUCAGCCUUGGCUGGAUUUCCCUGUCGCCUCUGGAAAAUGGCCCCUAGGAGAAGCAGCUAAUCCCUGGCUCGAAGAGUUGAACAGCUUAGAGGAGACCGGAUUGACACGUGUACCUUCUUACAGCAGUGUAGGAUAGCACAGAUCCCUCGUCUGAACAACCAAGGGUAUAUUUUUAUUUUAUUCUGUUAUUAUGACAACUGACGGGGUCAUUUCUAGUAACUUAUUUUCCAGUUCUUGAAGGGGCUGUUUUCAUUCCAUUCAGGACUCGCUUGUGGAAGGAAUUUGAAGCAUACCAUACGUGUGAGCAAAUGCAAGAGGCUUUUGUUUUGUUUCUCAGUUUAUAAUGCAAUUGAAAAACCAGACACUACUGUAUUUGAGUUUUGCAGACCCAAGUACAUUUUAAACUCACGAAUAGCUUCGGUCACUAGGACCAUCCUCAGCGUAUUCUGAAAAUAACCUUCCCGUGUCAAGGCACGGCGUACCUGCAGAUGUUGUUUUUUCAAAUGACCACUUUGCUGCUGUGAUCUAAAAUUAAUCUGGCUGCGGAAUCUGGUGACGUACUUUAAAUUUUCCUUUAGCCGUUUAUAAGCUGUGGGCAGUGACCACGUUUACAUGAUCCUUUCUGUUGUCGGGUCUUCCUGGCGGUUUUCGUAUUUUCGCUCUCGGUUGUGGCAAACCUCCUCGUGUUCCCGAGGGCCGCCGGCCGCGCCGAGCUGGUUUCUCUUUCAGCCAGAGACACUCGAGAGCGCGCCGCCUCGCUGCUUUCAGGAUGCCGUGUUCGUUUCUUUACAUCGUUUUCACCGAGCUUUUGCCAGGGACGGGAAGACUUCCCAAGACCUUUACAGCUCGUCUCCUCCCGAGUCCAGACCGCGGGGAUUUCUUUCCUUGCUGUGCCCGCGCCCCAGGCCCGGAUCCUCCCGGUGGCCGCCAAGGGCGCAGGGCAAGAGGAGCCCUCAGUUUUUGAGGCUCUUUUCACCUUUUUGAGCCGUUAGCUUCCUCGUUUCAGGUGCCGGCUAGGCCGGGCCGCCGGGCCGCCAUCAUGGCCUCCAUCUUGGAGGCGCGGAGCGAGGCCUGGUCGUGGCCGCGCCGCCGGGGAGCGGGCCCGGUUUGCAGUACACAAGUAACCGUUUGGUUUUCCUUUGGGUUUUCCUUUUUUUCUUUCUUUUUUUCUUUUUUUUGUUUUUUACUUUCGAUACGGAACAUUCCUUUUUUAUUAGUCGCAGUCAUGUAUUCAUUCCAUUCUUCCUUUUGUAAACUUUUUGGGCCCACGUCUUUUAUGGGCAUUGAUAUAUAUAAAUAUAUAUAUAAAUAUAUAUGAAUAUAUUUUUUUAAGUUUCCUACACCUUGAGGUUGCAUGGUCUGUAAGGUUGGCAUGUCUUUAUAUUGUAUACAGAUUUUGCACGCCAAACUUGGCAGCUUUGAAAAUGAAAAAAAAAAAAUUGUGUUUUUUUUUUUUCCUUUUUUUCCUUUUUUUUUUUUUUUUCCUCUCGUGGCAUUUGCGGAGACUAAAGUUGGGACGUUUUUGUCACACACGCACGCACCCACACACGCACCCACACAGAUACACACCAAGGAAGGAGAGUGGGAACAUUUUUUUGCGUCUUACUGAACUUAAGAAAUUGUGCUUUUUAUUGUUAAAAAGAAAAAAAAAAAAAGAGUAAAUAAAAAGGACUACUUAAACAUUUCUCAUUUUAAGAAAAAGAAAAAAAAAGACGUUUAUCUAGCACUUGUGACUUACCAAUAAUAGAGUUUAUUGUAUUUAUGUGGAAACAGUGUUUUUAGGGAAACUACGCAGAACACACAAAGUUAACUGCCUGUGUCAUUUUUUUUUUUUAAUUUGGUUGGGUAUUUUAUUUUAAUUUCUUGGCUGGGUGGGGAGGUUGGAUGCAACCCUUUGUCAACACAUGUAGUCAUUAAUUCUAAGAUGAUGAAUGACGAGGACUUUAAAGAGUUAACUCUUCAGCACAGCUGUGUUAACUUUUUUAAAAUUACUUUUACAUGAUGUAUUGCUAGGUUUCACUUUAAACAGUCGUGUACUGUGCAACACUGUGGUUUAAAACAAGACUUUACAUCAAAAGGAAAACAUGUUUCUUCAUUGUCAUGAAGUUGGGCUCGUUCUCAGCUCAUCUUCUCUUUGUCUUUGAUAUUGAUGAAAAAGUAUCCUAUUGAAAGAAAAUAAAUUAACACUUUUCUGUGCUCCAUAGUGGAGGCGCUAUUUUCCAAUUUAUGAGGAUGACAAACUUAUAUAUAUAAUAUAUAUAUAAAAGUGGGGGGAGGGGUUGAAACAUUAUUCACCCAAGAGCUUAUUACAGAUAUGUAGUAUCAAAAAGUUGUAACUAUAUUAUAUUCUACUUUAUACCUAUACAUGCUCAGUAUGACGUCACCAUUGGUAGCAGCUACCGGUUUACGCUGUAAUUUAGACACAAUUUCACUCUUAUUGUAUGGACCCUACUUUAAGUGAUGGUAGCAUUCUUUGUGCUAAAUUUUCUGAUGGUCCUUUGUUUUACUUGGUGGAGUUGGAAUAUUUUUCUCAUUCUUGUUUUCGUUUGUUUUUUUUGUUUCCGUUUUUUUUCUCUUUUUUUCUCUCUUUUUUUUUUUUUUUUUACUGGCCAAUGGUGUCUUUCUCUGACAGUACCGACUUCAAUUUCAACUUUAUUAGGAGUCCAGUAUUUUGUACCACAUUAUGACAACUUGUUAUUCUUGUGGUGUAAAUAAAAAGAAAAAGUUAAUUAUA